AUGGCAGCGGCGACAAUCUCGGUGGAGCAGGAUGAGUUGAUAUGUUCCGUGUGUCUGGAGCUGCUGAGGGAGCCGGUGACGCUGCCGUGCGGACACAGCUACUGCCUCACCUGCGUGCAAGACUACUGGAGCGGAAGCCGGCAGAAGGGCCAGUACACCUGUCCUCAGUGCAGGCAGGUGUUCAGCCCCAAACCUCCGCUCAACCGCAACCAGGUGCUGGGCGAGCUGCUGGACAAGUUGCAGCAAAGCGGACUCAAAGACGCGCCACUUCCCACUCGGGACGUGAAAUGCGGACUUUGUCCUUCAGGCGAGGAAAGCAGAGCCGUCAAGUCGUGCGUCACGUGCUCGGAGUUCUACUGCGCGGCUCACCUGAGGGCUCACGAGGGGCGCUUCCGGGGGCGGGGCCACAGCCUGGUCCCGCUCGUGGUGACACCACAGACAAGUGUCUGUAAAGAGAAGUUAUGUCCAUAUCACCACAAAGUAGUGAGGAGCUACUGCCGAGUGGACCAUGAGGGCGCCUGCUCGCGCUGUGUGAAAAGUCAACACAAAGGUCACGAGGUCGUGCAGCUGGUGGACGAGCGUGCAUCACAACAGAGAAAAUUACAAGAAGCAUCUUUGAAGUGUGAGCAGAACCUAAAAGAGUCUGAGAAGGAGCUGCGAUAUGCUGUCAGGUACAUCAAACACGCCACUGAGGCGGCGGUGGAGGAAAGUGAGAGAAUAUUCUCCAAGCUCAUCCGCGCCAUGGAGAAGCAGAGGGGUGACGUGAAGGAGAUGAUCCGAGGCCGUGAGCAAGCAGCCCUCGCUCAAACAGAGCAUCUCCUGGAGAAGGUGGAGAGGGAGAUGAUGGAGGUGAGGAGAGGAGAGGCGGAGCUUGAGAAGCUCUCUCGCCUGGACGACCACCUCCACUUCCUUCAGAAGUGCAGAGUUCUUCACUUCCCCACCAAGAAGGUGCAGAUUCCCAACACGGACACAUUCCCAUACUUGAUGUACAAAAGCAUCAGAGGAGGUUUGGCCGAGCUGAGGGACAGUCUGGACGAAAGUCUGCAGCGAGAGUUCAACAGAAUCUCUGACAAAGUGUCUUCACUGAAGGAAACCAGCAAUCCAAAUCCCUCAGAGAAGAUGAGAGUAACCAUCGAUGCUCACAUCCCGCAUGACUCGGAACCAAAGAGCAGAGAAGAAUUUCUGCAUUGACUUAGAGCUGGACCCAAACACGGCCAACCCAUACCUCAGUUUGUCUGAAGACCACAGAAUGGCGACCACACGCUCCGAGCCCCAGCCGUACCCUCCGAAC